AUGUUUAACGACGGACAGGAACGGGACGGUGUCGCGGCUGCCGGACCACAGACCGACGAGGGCAGAGCGGAAAGCAGUGACGACGGCGAGCGACGUACGAGCGGCCAAAUUCACGACAAACAUCACCGACGGGGGACGUCGCGAGCGAGAAUAGAAAGGGGGACGCCCGACGACGCAGGGCAAACCGAAUUGUCGACGAGACCGACAGCGACUUCGGACGCUUCGGGUGGAAUCGCGAUCGAGACGACGAGCGGAGGCCGGGGGGGGGGGGGGGGGGUGACGGCGCGAAUCGCGUGA